AUGCCCCGAUCCCUUGCCGACCUCCCCUGCCCUUGCCCUGCCACGAGGGACCUGCGUUCAUUCUGUUGCACCCCAAGCUCUGUUGCACCUGAAGAUUCGUUCUAUAGAAUUUACAAGCUCAUUCUUCAGCACCGAAGGCGACUUCUCUUACAUCCAAAGUUCCUUCAGUCACACACCAUUUCCCUCUCCUCUGUUGCCUUCCACCUCCCUCUGUGGCAUUACAGGCUCCCUCACCGGAAGUCGGAACAAGAGAGGACAGCCGAUCUUUCAGCCGGAAUUCAGACAAUUACAGUACAUCGUUACAUGCAAGCGGUCGAUGUUCGGCCAAUUACGCCCACUACUGCACCGCCCACCACGUCGCCCCCCUAUCCACUGGCUCCCAGCCCCGCCCACCACGUCGCCCCCCCCAUUCACUGGUUCCCAGCCCCGCCCACCACGUCGCCCCCCCUUCACUGGCUCUCAGCCCCGCCCACCACGUCGCCUCCCAUUCACUGGCUCUCAGCCCCGCCCACCACGUCGCCUCCCAUUCACUGGCUCUCAGCCCCGCCCACCACGUCGCCCCCCCAUUCACUGGCUCUCAGCCCCGCCCACCACGUCGCCCCCCCAUUCACUGGCUCUCAGCCCCGCCCACCACGUCGCCCCCCCAUUCACUGGCUCUCAGCCCCGCCCAUCACGUCGCCCCCCCCAUUCACUGGCUCUCAGCCCCGCCCACCACGUCGCCCCCCCAUUCACUGGCUCUCAGCCCCGCCCACCACGUCGCCCCCCCAUUCACUGGCUCUAUGCCCCGCCCACCACGUCGUGCCCCCCAUUCACUUGCUCUAUGCCCCGCCCACCACGUCGCCCCCCCAUUCACUGGCUCUAUGCCCCGCCCAUCACGUCGCCCCCCCAUUCACUGGCUCUCAGCCCCGCCCACCACGUCGCCCCCCCAUUCACUGGCUCUCAGCCCCGCCCACCACGUCGCCCCCCCAUUCACUGGCUCUCAGCCCCGCCCAUCACGUCGCCCCCCCAUUCACUGGCUCUCAGCCCCGCCCACCACGUCGCCCCCCCAUUCACUGGCUCUCAGCCCCGCCCACCACGUCGCCCCCCCAUUCACUGGCUCUAUGCCCCGCCCACCACGUCGUGCCCCCAUUCACUUGCUCUAUGCCCCGCCCACCACGUCGCCCCCCCAUUCACUGGCUCUAUGCCCCGCCCACCACGUCGUGCCCCCAUUCACUUGCUCUAUGCCCCGCCCAUCACGUCGCCCCCCCAUUCACUGGCUCUCAGCCCCCGCCCACCACGUCGCCCCCCCAUUCACUGGCUCUCAGCCCCGCCCACCACGUCGCCCCCCCAUUCACUGGCUCUAUGCCCCGCCCACCACGUCGUGCCCCCAUUCACUUGCUCUAUGCCCCGCCCACCACGUCGCCCCCCCAUUCACUGGCUCUAUGCCCCGCCCACCACGUCGUGCCCCCAUUCACUUGCUCUAUGCCCCGCCCAUCACGUCGCCCCCCCAUUCACUGGCUCUCAGCCCCGCCCACCACGUCGCCCCCCCAUUCACUGGCUCUCAGCCCCGCCCACCACGUCGCCCCCCCAUUCACUGGCUCUAUGCCCCGCCCACCACGUCGUGCCCCCAUUCACUUGCUCUAUGCCCCGCCCACCACGUCGCCCCCCCAUUCACUGGCUCUAUGCCCCGCCCGUUAUACCCAGUUGGUUCGUUUCUUACCUUGA